AUGCAGCCCCCUCGCCUCCUCCUCUUCCUCUUCCUUCUCUUCCUCCUCCCUGGAAUGUGGGCAGAUCCAGAGGGCUCUUGUAAACUCCACAUUUUCCAAACCUUUGUCUUCCACGACACCAACUUUGUGGACAUUUCAUCCUGGGCCACCCUGGAGGACAUCGUCUUUGCUACCCUGCAGAAAUACACCUGGAACAUCCUGCACCCAUGGGUCUACCAGGCCCUGCCUGCAGCAGAGUGGGAGAACUUGCAAAACCUGUUCAGCAUCUACAUGCACAACUUUAUCCUGUCCAUGUCGAGUGAUGCCAGGCUGUACCACACACCAUACCCCUUUGUGUUCCAGUGUGCAACCGGCUGCGACUUGUAUCCCAAUGGCUCUUAUACCAAAUUCUACCAUCUCGCCUACAACACCCAUGACUUCCUCAGCUUCGACGUGGACAACAGCCGCUGGGAGAGGUGGCAGGAGAGUGAGCUGGCGGCACAAGUUGAGAGGCAGUUCAACGCCUUCACGGGCUUCUCUGUGACCCUGCAGCACCUUCUCAACGUCACCUGUGUUGAACACAUGAAGAAAUUCAUCAAGUACGGGAGGGCAACUCUGGAGAGACAAGGUGAGACCACCCUGACCCAGGCAUGGCCACCCCAAAGUCCCACACACACUGGGGCCAAGUGGUGCCCCACCAGGGCUCCCCCCCACCCCUCUGCUCUCCCGGAUGGCCAGGAGGUGCCGCCGGGCCCAGCGCUCAACACCAGCACCAUCCUGCCCAACGCUGACCUCACCUACCAGCUCCGCAGCGUCCUGGCCGUGGCCCCCCAUGAUGGUCACAGCUAUGCCUGCCGCGUGCGCCACAGCAGCCUGGGCACCCGCAGCCUCCUCAUCCCAUGGGAUGCCAUUGCAGAUGCAGAGGCCACUAAAAAGGCAGAUACCAUUGCAGACAACACUACAGAUGUAAUUGCAGAUGUCGGUGCAGAUGCAGAUACCGGUGCAGAUGCAGAUACCAUUGCAGAUGCCAUUGCAGAUGUAGAUAUCUUUGCACGUGCAGAUUUCAUUCCAGAGAUCAUUGCAGAUGCCAUUGCAGGUGCAGAUACAAUCACAGAGGCCAUUGCAGAAGCCAAAGUCAUUGCAGAUACAGUAGCAGAUGCACACAGCAUUGCAGAUGACUGUGCAGAUGUAGAUAACAUUGCAGAUGCAAGUACGAAAACAAAGGCAGAUACAGUUGCAGAUAAUGCUGCAGAUGUAGUCACUGUUGCAGAUACCAUUGCAGAUGCCAAUGAAGAUACCAUCACAGAUGCAGAUAGAAUUUCAGAUGCAAAAGCAGCCAGAGAUGCCAUUGGAGAUGCAGAUACCAUAGGAGAUAGAUACAAUUGCAGAUGUAAAUACCCUUGCAGAUACCACUGCAGAUACUAUUACUGGAUGCCACUUCAGAUACCACAGCAGAUGCAGAUAGCACUGAAGAUGUAG